AUGGCUUCCCUCUCAAUUGGGGUCCGCUUGCCUCCAUCCCACCACCAUUUGAAGAAACGCUCACUGCCCUUCUUUCUCAGACCCAAAGCUUAUCUCCUUCUCAUCCUUCCUUUGGCUCAUCUUUGCGUGGAAUUCGAGGCUCAAGAUUGCCGGGGAGUGGUAUACUGGCCAGAGCUGAAGACAAAGCUAGAGGAUUUGUCCCCAAGUUCUGGAUCAUGUGAUCCUUUAUGUUCAUUGGACGAAACGAGCUCACAUGAUUUUGAGGCCAAUUACCGGCCAAAGACUGAUUUGCUGAAAGCUAUUGCAGUACUUGCAGCAGCUGCAACAGGGGCAGUAGCAAUUAACCAUUCCUGGGUUGCUGCCAAUCAGGAUGUUGCCAUGGCAUUGCUGUUUGGAAUAGGAUAUGUGGGCAUCAUCUUUGAAGAAUCUCUGGCCUUCAACAAAAGUGGAGUAGGUUUGUUAAUGGCUGUGAGCUUGUGGGUGGUGAGAAGUAUUGGGGCUCCUUCAACUGAUAUAGCUGUUUCAGAGUUACAACAUGCAUCUGCUGAAGUCAGUGAAAUAGUAUUUUUCUUGCUUGGUGCAAUGACAAUUGUAGAGAUCGUUGAUUCUCAUCAAGGAUUUAAGCUGGUUACUGACAAUAUAACCACUCGAAAGCCAAGGACGCUCCUUUGGGUGGUGGGUAUUGUGACUUUUUGCCUUAGUUCAGUUCUUGACAACCUGACAUCUACCAUUGUCAUGGUUUCUUUACUGAGAAAACUAGUUCCUUCCUCCGAAUUUCGCAAGAUUUUAGGAGCUGUUGUUGUCAUAGCAGCAAAUGCUGGUGGUGCAUGGACUCCUAUUGGUGAUGUUACCACUACUAUGCUGUGGAUACAUGGUCAGAUAUCCACAUUGGAAACAAUGAAGACCUUGUUUAUACCUUCAGCCGUUUCUCUUGCUGUUCCGCUGGCACUCAUGUCCCUGACUAGUGAAGUAAGUGGGAAAGCACCAGACACGUCCAAUGUUAUGGCAUCUGAACAGAUGGCUCCUCGGGGAAAGCUUGUUUUCUCUGUAGGCAUUGGAGCUUUGGUUUUUGUUCCAGUGUUCAAGGCCCUAACUGGUUUGCCUCCUUACAUGGGUAUUCUGCUGGGACUUGGAGUCCUUUGGGUUCUGACUGAUGCUAUACAUUAUGGUGAAUCAGAAAGACAAAAGUUAAAGGUACCACAGGCUUUGUCACGAAUUGACACUCAAGGAGCACUUUUCUUCCUUGGCAUCCUGUUGUCUGUUAGCAGCCUGGAGGCAGCGGGAAUUCUUCGGGAGUUAGCAAAUUACCUGGAUGCUCACAUCCCCAAUGUUGAACUGAUUGCAAGUUCAAUAGGAGUUGUAUCAGCAAUUAUAGACAAUGUUCCACUGGUUGCUGCAACUAUGGGGAUGUACGAUCUAACUUCCUUUCCAAAGGAUUCUGAGUUUUGGCAACUGAUUGCAUAUUGUGCUGGUACUGGUGGAUCCAUGCUAGUUAUUGGUUCUGCAGCUGGAGUUGCUUUUAUGGGGAUGGAAAAGGUGGACUUCUUUUGGUACUUGCGGAAGGUGAGCGGUUUCGCUUUUGCUGGUUAUGCUGCCGGUAUUGCUGCCUAUUUAGCAGUUCAAAACCUCCACAUCUCCCUACCAACAACUGUAGCUCAGGUUCCUUUCCUUUCUGGUUCUUGA